UACUGUUCACAUAGGGGACAGAGGAAGACCAGUACAGAGAGAUAGCCAUAGUGAGGAGAUCUGGUGGAGUGAAAAGAAGCAAAGAAACAGAGAAGAUUCCCAAAGUUUUAUGAGAAGGUUUAUACCAGGGAGGCAACAAGUGAAUCACACGUACACCUGCCCGCACUUUCAUACCCUCGCAGCAUGGACCGAGACAGUCACAGUGAGGAUACUUUGUCCACCAUGGUUCUGGAGAACAUUAAAAACAAACUGAUUCAUGCCUUCAGGGCGACAGGAGAGUCUGGACGAGAUCCUCAAGACUCUGGCUCCACCGUCAGACCAGUCAGCAUCGGCAGGAGUUAUCAAGCUAAUGAAGAGCUGAGGAGGGCGCAGAUAGAUGGAGCGAUAACCUGGCUGAGGUCUGAACUGCUGGAGAUGCGCUCACAGGACCUCCAGCUGGCUCAGACCCUGCUGGGGCUCAACACAGAGAUCCAAAGACUAAGGAGGGAGAGUUUCAGAGGAGUGGAAGUAGAGGGGGAUGAUCGGCCGUAACCGGCCCCAGUAGGGAGCCCCUUCUCUGGGGUAGAGCAGGUGGAAAAGUGCUCUUACUGGAACCCAUAAUGGCUUGGAUGUAACUGAAAACUCAAAAAUUUAAACAGAAAAGACUGAAUGCAUUUGCUUUUGAUAAUGGUUCAUUGUAAGAAAAUGUGUCAUGGUAAAAAGAAAAAUAGACACCAGUUGCGUGUAAAGAAAACCCGGUAGAGAAAUAAGAAAGAAGUAAUGUUGUUGCAUUUGUGUGAUGCUGGCAUUAUUUUUUAGGUAUUGCACUUUGUGCUGAGGAAAGCAGUUUUUACAUGUUUUGUUUCUUCAGGAAACAAGGCAUU